ACAUGACAUUAGUGAAAUGUCACCGCUGUGUCAACCAAAAUGGGAAUGUAAUAAAUAUUGAGCAAUCGUUAGGAAUUUAUUUGUUUAAUUUUAUUAGUAAGUUAAUGUAAAUAACACAGUUACGAUGGAUAUUCUCCCAGGUAUUAUUUGAUUUGUGUGUGAGAAACUGCACGUUUCGAUGUAUUAUUCAAACCCCUCUUCCUUAACUGUUGAAUGUACUUACUUUUAGAAUAGGAAAAAUGGAAGGGGUUAAUGCCUCGUUUAAAAAAGGCCCUGGUCUUUACGAAUUUCUUAUUGAAGCCGAAUUACAACAAUAUUUCAAUAGUUUUAAGAAUAAUCUCAAAAUAACUCAUCCUUCUCAACUGAAAUUUACUACAGAAAGUGAUCUCAUCGAAAUUGGUAUGUCCAAACCGGAAAUGCGUAGGCUUAGAAAAUACUACGAAAAACAUUAUCCCCAUAAUUAUUUAUCUAAAUUUAAAAAAUUGUUAAGCCAUAGAAAACAGGAAAAUGCUAUUAACGACGCCUCCCUUUUGGGUAGUCAUGAUUCUUUAACAUUAUCUAAAGCCCCCAGGGUUUCUAGUAAACAUAUUAUACCCUCGUCUAGUAUAACUAUUAAUAAAGAAUUGGGGAUGGGGGAAUUUGGAGUAGUGCAACAAGGAGUUUGGUGCAAUGAAGGAGAAAGAAUACAAGUUGCAAUAAAGUGUUUAUCAAGGGACCGAAUGCAAAGUAACAUGGUCGAAUUUUUAAAAGAGGCUUCCAUAAUGCACAAUAUCGAUCAUCCCAAUAUAGUUCGUUUCUUCGGGGUGGUUCUACCGAAUAUCGAGGGUAGUUUAAUGUUAGUUACCGAACUAGCGCCUUUGAGGUCGUUGUUGGAGUGUCUGAAAGAACCGUCGUUGAGAUCUAGUUUCCCGGUUCUAACUCUGUGCGAUUUUGCUUAUCAAAUUUGCGACGGGAUGCAGUAUUUGGAAGCAAACAGGUUGAUUCACAGAGAUUUGGCGGCGCGUAAUAUUCUCGUUUUUUCCAAAAACAAAGUGAAAAUAUCCGAUUUCGGUCUGAGUCGGGCAUUGGGACAAGGUAAAGACUACUACCAAACCAAUUUCAACGUGAAUUUAAAACUACCGAUAGCGUGGUGCGCCCCCGAAUCCAUAAGUUAUUUGAGAUUCACCACCGCCAGCGACGUUUGGGCGUUCGGAGUGACGUUAUGGGAGAUGUUUUCGUACGGAUUCCAACCGUGGGCCGCUUUAACCGGCCAACAGAUCCUAGAGGCGAUAGACGAACCGAAUUUUCAAAGAUUAGAACAACCGGAUUGUUGCCCUUUGGAUCAUUAUAAUCUGAUGUUGGAUUGUUGGAGACACGAAGCGGCUAGUAGACCGCGUUUCGCGGACAUCGGUCCGAUUUUAGCCGAUUCUCGACCCGAACAAGUCCAAGCGAAAAUUUCAUCGAACGAAGGACCUCACAUGUUGACAUACAGGGUAGGAGACGUGAUAACGGUAUUAGAUAAAAAGAGCAAUCACCCUUUGUGGAAAGGAGCAUCGGCUAGUGGUAAAACCGGUUUAUUCGAUCCCAUAAACGUUGUGGCUUAUCUCGGUAGCGAUCUCCCUGGUUCGUCUUUUUUAAGAUCGGAUAGUACGAGAUCGUCGGCGCGCAGGAAAUUGCGCAGCGAAAUGAUCAGCGCGCCGCAAGGCGAUUUCAAACAUACGGGACACGUCGGAUUAGACGGCGCCUAUUUCGGCGAUCUCAGUUGGAUGGACGGAUCCAAAGGAAACUACGGCACCGUUCCGACUCAAGUGGUAGCCCCUUAUCGACCGCACAAGGAUCUGGAAGCGGCGCCGUUGCUCGAAAGCGAUUCGGUUCCGGUACCGGCGGAUCUUCUUCAAGAUCACGAAUACCACGAGAUAAGCGACGAGGAGAAUACGCCGAGUCCAAAUUUGGAUUUGGGCCCGUCUCUGAUGGCCGAAAUGGAGAUGAUGUUCAGUUCUUUGGGUACGAGGAGUAAUUCUUCGAUCGAUCACGAAGGUUCUAAUCGUAGUAACGAAUUGAGGGAGAAAUUGAACGCGAAAACGAGGAAACAGGCGACAGUUAAACCUAUUUCGGCGCACGAUCAGAAAACUUUGGAUACAGCUAUAGCUAUAGCUAAUGAAAUUACUUCGAGAUCGAUGUCUGCUCCCGCGCCCACUACGCCGGCUUCGCCGAAUAAAAAGAAAUUUAGUUUCAAAUUUCCUUCGGUUCACGAUCACGAUAAACAUAAUGAAAGAAGAAACUUUUCGGAAGAAGCACUUUCCACUUCAGAUUUACAAUCUAAAGUUACGCAAGAGGCGCAAAUGGCGUAUCAGGGAUUGGUCGAGAGUCCAUCGAGUGACGUAACACAGUUGAUGGUAACGAAUCCAUUGCGUAUUUUGAGAUCCGGACAUCCGGUUAUUAACACCAGAACUAGAUCGAGCAGUCUAGCGAGCACCCUCCCUCCGAAAAUGGGUAGAAACGUAAGUUCAAUUCCAGAUAACCUCAACGGACAACAAGAAUUUUCCCACGCAACUUUGCCGCGACAAACGCAACCUACCCAUUCUGCGACACCCCGAUCGAAACCAGUUUACCAAAAAGACGAAAACCCAAUCCCCCUGCCGCCGAGAGAUAAAAGUAAAGCUCUAUUAGCAGCGAAACCUCGUCACACGCGCAAACAUCCCCUCAUCAUACCGCCGACUAGUUUACAACGUACCCUCGACAAAGUCAACACCGUUUCACCCCCACCGACCUCCGACGCCGCCAACCCCUUCCACAAAACCGAACCGGUUUACACGAAUAAUUCGGUAAUCGUUGGAAAAAAUACGGAAUCUCAACAUUUCGAAGAACAAAUCGAAUCGAAUUUGAACGCUUUGGACGAAAUACCGGCCGAACAAGACGUCGUGGACGGCGAAGAGAUUUCCGGAGAUGCGAAAAACGAUAAAGAAAAAAUCCACAGCCACCACGUUAGCUGCGAGGAUUUAUUGAAGUUCGCCAAUUCGAAACCACAGUCGAGAACCAGGGGGAACGAUUCGGACGAAGUUAGGAUCAUGUCGAAAGUUUUAGGCAAAGACGUUACAACUGAAAAGUGUCUACAGGCUCUCGAUCAAUCGGAUUGGGACGUUAUGAAAGCCAUUAAAAUUCUCAAAUUACAAAACGUCGUUAACGCCGAUUUAACGACGUGUUUCGACGGUUUGGAACAUUCUUCGUGGGAUAUAACAAAAGCCGCGCAAUGGAUUCUACAACAAGACGGAGAAGUGACUCAAGUUUAGUUAUUUGCAACUCUCGGGCCUGGAAUGUAGAUAACUCACACUGUAUACGAGAUAUUAUCGACCGAAUUGGAUAAUUUUUGAUCAAAAAUCAAAAAAAAAAAUGAUAAUAGCAGGAUGAAACCCAUUUUAAAAGGAGGAAAAUAUAAUAAAAAUGAAAGGAAAAAUUAUUUACGGACGAUCUGAGGUCGGGAAGGGGAAGGGGGUGAGUUUAUUUCGAUUUCCGGUGAAACUACAAGUCCUAGAGAAAAAAGUUGAAUUGCAAAAUUGUAGAUAAUGAAAAGAUCUGCAACUUUUGUUUUUACACUUUUUUACGUAACCUCAAAAUUUAUGUGAAAAUUAAAAUUUUGGUUUUUUAUUUUUUACAAAAAACAUUUUUUUUCACGAAUUUUUCAUGUCCCUAAUAUACUGCGAUUUAUUUGAUUUGAAAUAUUUAUUUUUUUCACCGUAUUCUGACAUUUUCAAUCGAAAAUUCUCAAAAAAUCGGCUUUUUUGAAAAAACCCGUGAUAUUUUUGAUAUCUCUACUUUCCGACCCCCGCCCCCCCAAGAAGUUGGCACCGCCAUUUCGAGUUAGAAACAUUUUGACGGUUGUUCUAGGUUUGUCCUAAAACGGCAUAAAGUUGAAAUUAAAACUCGAAAAAAAUCCUAUUUUUCAGCUGAUAUGGCGAUUUCGAAAUUUGUUCUGUAUUGUACUAGGUUUGUUCUAUGCUACCCCUAAAAAUGAAGUUCGAGAAAAAUAAAAUUUUUGUCCGUUUUAGGACAAACCUAGAACAACCUUCAAAAUGUUUCUAACUUCUUGGGGGGGGGUCGUUAAGUAGAGAUAUCAAAAAUCUCACACGGGUUUUUUGAAAAAAAACCGAUUUUUUGAGAAUUUUCGAUUGAAAAUUCGAUAUAAUGUCAAAAUACAGUGAAAAAAUAAAUAUUUCAAAUCAAAUAAAUCGCAGUAUAUUUGGGACAUGAAAAAUUCGUGAAAAAAAAACCAAAAUUUUAAUUAUUUCAAUUUUUCACAUAAAUUUUGAGGUUAUGUGAAAAAAAUGUAAAAACAAAAGUUGUAGAUCUUUUUAUUACCCACAAUUUUCCUAAUCCACUUUUUUCCAUAGGACUUGUAGUUUCACCGGAAAUCGAAAUAAACCGUUUUUCACCCUUAAAAACUCACCCCGUUCCCCCUCCACCUUAAAUCGCUCGUUCGAAGAAGCGGUGCCAAGUUUUUGGGGGUCGGAAAGUAGAGAUUUCUCGCCAAAUUUUCCAAAAAAAAUCUGAUUUUUUAACGGGAGAAUUUUCGAUUGGAAAUUGGGGUGCUUCUUCGAUAUCAAGCUAAAAUACAUCGACAAAAUAAAUAAAUUUUCACCCCAAUUCAUCCUACUAUUAUUUUUUUUUUUUUUCAUUUUUCAUCGUUUUGAAAAGUUUCUACCCUGAUCUAUCAACUUUUUGGUCUAAAAUAUUCACGACACUCAAAAUUUCCCGCGGUGAUACAAGAAGAGACUUUCGGAAUCAUUUACAUAUUAAGGAGUGAGCUUUCGUUACUUAUAUAGAAAUAUAGAUCGAAAAACCUGCUGGAAGGACCAAAAAAAGAUUUUUUUUUCGAUUUUACAUCGUAUUUAAUUCCACAUUAAGUACAACUUUCGUAAAUUGAAUCACGAACAUGAUAAUGAUGCCUUUUCGAAUCGAACCACAUACAUAUUAUUAGUUGUGAUAAGGUUAAGUCAAUUUAUCGAGGCCAGUUUUUACAUUUUUCUAAAAGGGGCGUUUUAAAAGUUCAUAAAAUUAUGUUUAAUACCACAAUCUCGAAUAUCAAAUAUCUCGCGAAUGUUACUGGGGGACUAACAAAAACAAAAAAGUUGAAUUUUUAAUAAAAAAAAGUAUUUAUAGCUUUCCGAAUGAAAUUUGAGUUUUUUUUAAACCUAAAUCUAAAAUUUUUAAAAUAACUUAUUCCUUAUAUAGUUUCCAACAUUCCGAUCGCCCCCUGUAUAUUAUAUUUCAAGUUAUUUUGCAAUUUUUAUAAUCUACAAUAAUCAUAUUUUUCUCACUAUUAUUACAAAUCUGGCAACAAUGUAUUAAACGAUUUUCGAUCUUGACCAACAUUUCUUGUGUAAUAUUUACUGGUUGUGUUUUUUUUUAUUGUCUUGCCAAUAUUAUAUUUAUAUUAUUUUUUUUUUAAUAUAACGUUGUUCUCUAACAUAUUUAUAUGAAUAAAGAUUUUAUAACUUAUAAAA